AUGGGCGCUUGUUUGGUGUAUAAAAAGCCUGCCCUUGAACGAUUCCCUCCUUCAGCACUCUUGCCUUCGACCUUCAUCCUCCUCGCUCUAACUCACUGCUCUACUUUGAGCUAUGCUUCUGCUCUUGUCUUCGACUUGAGCUUGCUCAUGGUCAUCGUCGACCUGACCACGACCUUUGUUGUUGUCUUCAUCAUGCCUCGCCAUACAACAUCAACCACAUCGCCCUUAGGUUUUGCGUUCCUCUACGAUAUUCAUUGCACGUCGCUGUCCACGCCUCCUCCUGCUGCCCGUUCCGACACCCCCACCUCAAGCGCGUCUUAUCCUCAAGAAAGAUCUCGGGCAAGACAAUGCGUAAGCCGGAUCAAUUCCAGACCGGUCCGGGGGUUGCUUGCGCAGGAUUGA